UCGACUCGCCUUCCGAUGAUUAGUUUUGGAAAUAAUUGAUUUACAAUAAUAAUACUACCUAGAAAACAAAAACACCAUGAACGAACAGAAGAAAAGCAUACUUCAAAGCAACAAAGGGGACGACUUUUUUGGCCGCAGAAGAGUUCGGCCAGAAUACCGACCAGAACCGACUCUUUAUUCGUCGGUAAUUCAAACGGAAAGUAAAUUAAAACGGAUUUCGAUCGGUGACGAGGAGGUCGACACAAAAUUGAAAUCUAUUGCCAGCAAAGCUGGAAUAAAAAAUAUUAAUUUUCCGUUGACCGAGCAAAUAUACAAUUACGCCAAUAUGGUCGACGUCGGUCUGCACAGUAAUGUGAAACCGGUGGCCAAACGUAAACCGCGAGAGGUGCGGACGAGCACGCUGCACCCUGUACCCAAACUUGAGGAUUACUACCGACCUUGUUACGAUAACAUCCAACAAAUAGAGAUAAACACGGUAAUACCAAGUCGAGAACUAACGGUUCAGUACGACGGACUGGCCUUGACCAGGUUAAUAAACGAAAUUGACAAAGUCGUUUUCGAAUGAAACGUGAAGACGACAUAUUUUUAAAAAAAGAAAAUAUUUUUAAAGUAACAUUUAUACCUAAUUAAUGUAAGUUUUUAUCUCUCGACAAGUACAAUACUGUGAUAGUAUUUUUUAACACCCUAAUCAAGACUGUUAUUAUUAUUAAUAAAUGUUUAAUUUUUAAUUGUGAAUUUUAAUUCGGUUGACGCUAAUUUAUAGGUAGCCAAACAUAAUAUACAUUUUUUAUUGAUUGUACUUAUCUAAAUGUAUUCUUUUUAAUAUUAUAUAUUUUGUAUAUUUUGAAUAGCGAUUUUAUUUUUAGUUUAUUAUUUUGAAAACAAAUUAAGCCGAUACAAAUCAAAACAGUAGUGUCGUGGUAGUCGCAACCGUAAAAUUCUACUGUGCCGUUAGGCAGUUAUUGAUCUGUACAUUUGCUUUCUGUAAAAAGUACAUAAUAUCUGAGCUGUACCUAAAUACUGAGAAUAAAAAUAACAGUUUAAACAAAAUUUCCUCACAAUCCCGCUAAGGUAAAUUGUAUUUUAUUUAAAUAAAAUUCUUAUUAAAAAAAAAAUUAAAUAAUACAAAUAGACGUACUCGACCGAUUUAUCGUAAACAAUAUCAGUUUUUUUUUAUUUUGCCUAAGUUUAAGUAAUAUAAAUAUUAUGUACAAAAUUAAUGGCGUUCUAUAAUUAUACUCAUCAAGAAACGGGUUUGAAACCGAUUUCAACGCGUUUUAGCUGUGUAAAACUGUGACUUGAUUGAUACUGCCUUUUUUUGUUAUUAUUUCAAAUACUUGGCCUGAAACAA